AUGGCAACUGCCAACCUUUCCCCCAAUUCUGACGCCAACUGCCCCUCCACAGUGUCACUCGAGAAGGUGCUCGGCAUCACGGCCCAGAACAGCAGCGGCUUAACCUGUGACCCUGGCACUGGCCAUGUGGCCUACCUGGCAGGCUGUGUGGUGGUGAUUUUGGACCCCAAGGAGAACAAGCAGCAGCAUAUCUUUAAUACUGCCAGGAAGUCUCUGAGCGCUUUGGCCUUCUCACCUGACGGCAAGUACAUAGUGACGGGGGAGAAUGGGCAUCGGCCCGCUGUGCGCAUCUGGGAUGUGGAUGAGAAGAGCCAGGUGGCGGAGAUGCUGGGCCACAAGUAUGGCGUCGCCUGUGUGUCCUUCUCGCCCAACAUGAAGCACAUCGUGUCCAUGGGCUACCAGCACGACAUGGUGCUCAAUGUCUGGGACUGGAAGAAGGACGUCGUGGUGGCCUCGAACAAGGUGUCUUGCAGGGUCAUCGGCCUGUCCUUCUCAGAGGACAGCAGCUACUUUGUCACUGUCGGGAACCGGCAUGUGAGGUUCUGGUUUUUGGAAGUCUCCACUGAAGCUAAGGUGACAGGAACGGUGCCCCUGGUCGGGCGCUCCGGGAUCCUGGGUGAGCUGCACAACAAUGUCUUCUGUGGCGUGGCCUGUGGCCAGGGCCGGAUGGCAGGCCACACUUUCUGUGUGUCCUACUCGGGCCUCCUCUGCCAGUUCAGCGAGAAGAGGGUGCUGGAGAAGUGGAUCAACCUGAAGGUCUCCCUGUCCUCGUGCCUCUGUGUCAGCGAGGAGCUCAUUUUCUGCGGCUGCACAGACGGGAUCGUCCGCAUCUUCCAGGCCGACAGCCUGCAGUACCUCGCCAACCUGCCCAAGCCCCACUACCUCGGGGUGGAUGUGGCCCAGGGACUGGAGCCCAGCUUCCUCUUCCGCAGGAAGGCUGAAGCAGUUUACCCAGAUACGGUGGCGCUGACCUUUGACCCCACACACCAGUGGCUGUCGUGCGUGUAUAAAGACCACAGCAUCUACAUCUGGGAUGUCAAGGACAUCCACAGCGUGAGCAAGAUGUGGUCAGAACUGUUCCACAGCUCCUACGUCUGGAGCGUCGAGGUGUAUCCCGAGUUUGAAGAUCAGAGGGCUUGUCUGCCAUCAGGAUCUUUUCUGACUUGUUCUUCAGACAACACCAUUCGCUUCUGGAAUAUGGACAGCAGCCCUGAUUCUCACUGGAAGAGAAACAUCUUCAGCAACACGCUCCUGAAGGUGGUGUAUGUGGAGAAUGACAUCCAGCACCUGCAGGAUGUGUCCCACUUCCCAGACCGGGGCAUCGAGAACGGGGCGCCUGUGGAUGUGAAAGCCGGCGUGCGAGUUAUGCAGGUCAGUCCUGAUGGCCAGCACCUGGCUUCAGGCGACCGAAGCGGCAAUCUGAGGAUCCACGAGCUGCACUUCAUGGAUGAGCUGCUCAAGGUGGAGGCGCACGAUGCUGAGGUGCUGUGCCUGGAGUACUCCAAGCCAGAGACCGGGCUGACCUUGCUGGCCUCGGCCAGUCGGGAUCGACUGAUCCAUGUGCUGAACGUGGAGAAGAACUACAACCUGGAGCAGACUCUGGACGACCACUCCUCCUCCAUCACGGCCAUCAAGUUUGCAGGCCACAGGGACAUCCAGAUGAUCAGCUGCGGGGCAGACAAGAGCAUCUACUUCCGCAGCGCCCAGCAGGCCUCGGACGGACUCCACUUUGUCCGCACCCACCACGUAGCCGAGAAGACCACUUUGUAUGACAUGGACAUUGACAUCACCCAGAAGUACGUGGCCGUGGCCUGCCAGGACCGUAAUGUGAGAGUCUACAACACUGUUAACGGGAAGCAGAAGAAAUGCUACAAGGGCUCCCAGGGGGAUGAGGGGUCGCUGUUGAAGGUCCAUGUGGACCCUUCAGGCACCUUCCUGGCCACCAGCUGCUCUGACAAAAGCAUCUCCGUGAUUGACUUUUACUCCGGCGAGUGCGUUGCCAAGAUGUUUGGCCACUCAGAAAUCGUCACCGGCAUGAAGUUCACCUACGACUGUCGCCAUCUCAUCACAGCGUCCGGCGACAGCUGCGUGUUCAUCUGGCACCUGGGCGCAGAGAUCACCAACUGCAUGAAGCAGCACCUGCUGGAGAUAGACCGCCACGAGCAGCAGAGUGGGAAGGACCGCAAGUGGAGCAGCGCCCCCAGGCAGGAGAUAUACACCUCCAUGCCCAGCGAGGUCCAUUCCCUGAGCCCUGGGGAGCCACCUGAGGAUGAUCUGGAGGAGGAAUAUGAAGCCGAGGAGUUGCUGAAGACACCGUCGAAAGAGAGCUUGUAUCCAGAUCCUCGGUGCCUGCUGACCAAUGGCAAGCUGCCCCUGUGGGCCAAGCGGCUGCUAGGAGACGACGACGUGGCCGAUAGCUCAACCUUCCAUACCAAGCGCAGCUACCAGCCCCACGGCCGCUGGGCCGAGCGGGCUGACCAGGAGCCCCUCAAGACUAUCCUGGACGCCCGGGACCUGGACUGCUACUUCACCCCCAUGAAGCCGGAGACCUUGGGGGACUCCGUCCUGGAUACAGUGGAGCCACAGAACCUGGCCGGCCUGCUGGACGAGUCUAAGAGUCCCCAGGAGAAUGGCUGUGAGCAUCCUCCCUUCCUGCCCCUGGAGAGGGAGUGUGAAGCCCGUGAACUGGUCAUCUACUCCCUGGAAGCGGCGGUGACUGUCACAGAGACAGACAGCAAGCGCUGCGGGAAAGAGGCCGAUGGGGAGCCUGCCGACCCACAAGAUGACGCCUAUCUCAGAAUCUCCUCCAUUGGCUCUAAGGGCCAUAGCCCACCUGAGGACUUGGGGGCAUCCAGGACGGACAUGGAGGGCAGCGGUGCCAACAUCAACACCUCCCCUCCUCGGCCUGGCCCAGGCCCCCGCUGUGACGUGAGGCCGCCCCACACAGCAGGACGCCAGGGUAUGGCAGAGGAGCUGCCCCUGCCCGAAGCGCCAGGCCUACCCCACAGCUCCCUGCCCCAGACCCCCGAGCAGGAGAAGUUCCUCCGGCACCACUUUGAGACACUGGCCGACGGCCACCCUGAGGAGCUCUUCCACAGACCCCUGAGAGACGUGAAGGCCUCGGAGGCUGAAGACUUCUUCCUGAAUCCCCGGCUGAGCAUCUCGGCCCAGUUCCUCUCCAGCCUACAGAAGACACGCAGGUUCACCCACACCUUUCCUCCCCGACUGCCCCUGCGCCAGGAGGGCAGCCUACCCGGCACAGCGUUCCUGAGAGCAGGUACUAGCUACACAUCCGCAGAGCAGACUAACGUCCCCCCUGGGGAGGAGACGGAGGGACGCCAAGAGACCCUGGAGGCCUGGCGUCCUCUGACCCUGUGCCCCUUGGGCCUGGAGCCCUGUGUCCCCACCUCAUCAGUGCUGCCCACAGACAAGAAGCCCCUAUCGCCCUCUUCUGUACCCACCCCAGUCCUGGGUCAAGGUGUCUGCGUUCCCUGUACCCACUCCUACCUGGAAGCCACUGCCAACUGCCCUGCGAAGAUGUCGCACAGCCCUUCCCUCCGGGAGCAGACCAGGCCCCUCGGCAGGCCCCCCUCCACAGGGGAGCUGGCAUCCCUGGGCCACGAGCUCCAGGGCCUCACCACUACGGUAGCACCCAGGGCUGAUGGCGAGUGCCAAGAGCACUCCUGGGGCAACCACGAGGCCCGUGCCAGCCUGAGACUGACCCUGUCCUCCAGCAUUUGUGACAGGUUCCGGCUGUCCUCACCUCCACUGGAGACAUCCACCCCACCCUGCGCUGCAGCCCCGGCAGCCAGCGUCCUGCCCCCCAGCCCUGUGAACACGUGUGCCCUCGGGCUUCAAGAUGCCUCCUUUCGCCCCAGAAUCCCUGCCCCUGAGCCCCUCGACCUUCCCCCCCACCCCAGUAGCUCCCAGCUUCCAGAGAGCAGGCCGGGAAUCCCUGGAAACCCUGCCUCCAUUCCGGAGCCUGCCCCCGAGGCGCUCAGCAGCCCUGGACCCUGGGAGGAGGGCGACGUGCCAGUGGGAAGCCAGCCUCCAGCCUCCCUGGAACUGAGCAGUGUGGGGCCCGUCGUGCACAGGCUGCAGACUGCCUUUCAAGAGGCCCUCGACCUCUACCUGGUGGUGGUCUCCAGUGGCCAGGUCAGCCCCGAGCAGCAGCAGGCCCAGACGGCACUGGCGUCCACCUUCCUCUGGAUCCAACAGCAGCUGGAGGCCAGCUGGCUGGGCGGGCCGGAGAUGCCCCCCCCACAGGCCCUGCCCCUGCCCCUGGCCAGCCCAGACUCCGCCUCCCCACCUACACUCUGCCCUCUGGCCAGCCCACAUUUGCAGGCCCUGCUGGAACACUACUCGGAGCUGUUGGUGCAGGCCGUGCGGAGGAGGGCAGGGGCAGGGUUGGACUGACGGCUGGCAGUGCCCUGCCCCCGCAGUCCUGGCCCUGACGAGAUGAUGUAUUUUCCACAAAUAAAUGGACAGCUUAGGGGAA